AUGGUUCGGUGCGCAGCGGAAGAGAGGCCCCAAACGAAAAGUCGUCUUCCGCCCUUGAAGCGCCACAGAAACCAGCUUGUAAACUUGAAUGCACCGGACGAUGAUGACCGAAUCAUAUUGGCUAGACGGAACCAAAUCGAAUCACCAUUGCUAAACUUACCAAAAGAAGUGCUCAUCUUGAUAAGGGAGUUCGCUUUUGGCGGACACCACAUUCACAUUACGGGCAUCGAGCUGGUAGGAGAAGUUGGAUCGUGGGCAUUUCCCGCUCAGCAGCAGCUUUCUCGGUCUCAGCGGCUGCCAGAAGAGACAGAUCCAGACAACCAUGAUAGCUUUUGCACAGUUGGGAACCUCAGAGAGACAGAAACGGCUCGACUUCACUUCCGCAAUUGUGUAUAUAAGAUUACUGGUCUGCGCUUUACAAACGGACUGAGAAUCUGCAGGACGGGUCUACUGUGGAGUCCUUCGUGCGAUGGAUAUCGAUCGUCAGCAGGCUGGCCGAAUUUCCAACUUGCUGGUGGAGCAAUCUAG